CUAUAUUGCAAGGAUGGAAAAAUUCUGCCAACGUUUUACCAGCGUGACGAUAGUCUAGAUCUAUAUGAAGCCAUUCACAGCUACGUCAGCAAAUACGUCACUCUCUAUUACGACACUAAUGGAAAAAUUAUCGAGGAUGAUGAAAUACAAAAGUUCGGACGCGAAUUAUCAGUACCAAAAUCCGAAGGAGGCUGUGGAAUUUUGGGUGUUCCUCUCAAAGACGGGAAGUUUUGUUCAGCAGAACAGGUGGCGCUCGUCUUCACUUCCGUUAUUUUUACCAGUAGUGUUGUACAUGCUGCUAUUAAUUUCCCUCAAUACGAUACAUACGGAUUCACCCCGAACUAUCCAAUCAAACUCAACGGAACGCCUCCUAAAGAUAAGAGGCCACUGAAGGAAGAGGAAGUCGUGAAGGCCCUAGUCGACAAGUCUACGGCACUGGAUGUUAUGACUGUGGUAUCAAUUUUGAGUGAACGGGCUACUAACGCUCUGGGAGACUUUGAAGUGGACUAUAUAUAUGACCCUCCAGCUGUAAAGAUCGUGGAGGAAUUCAUACAGGAUUUGAAAAACAUCAGCUCAAAGAUCCGUGAAAGAAACGAGAAAUUGGUUAGAAAGUACGAUCAUCUCCUGCCAGAGGAAAUUCCAAAUUCCGCCAGCAUCUGAUUUUACAA